GCCUAGGAAACAUGGUAAAAAAGAUUGAGGCAUGGAAAUACACUGAAGAAUUCCUUGGUAGACAAAGAAAUCAAACCAAGUGUAGUUUUUGUAAGGAAAUUAACCAUGGGUGGAUAAAUAGAUUGAAAUAUCAUAUUGCUGGCAUACAUGGUCAUGAUACUGAGCCUUGUACCGAGGCACCUCCCGAAGCAGUCCGUUUUUGUUACGUCCAAUUAGAAAAUUUUGAAAUACAUAAGCAAACAAAAAAAAGACAAAGAGAGGAGUUAUGUCAUAUUGGCUCCCCUCGACCCACAUCCGCAUCUGCAUCCACAGCUGCAUCCAUAGGUUGUGUUGGAGAGGGUUCUUCUAUGCCUCCCUUUCGUCCUAGUGCCUCCUUUUCGCCCUAGUGCUUCUGCUAGUGCUAGUACUUCUAUUUCUGCUCCUAGUAGUCACAAUUUUGGUCUUAGAGUGCGAAAAUCCAAGAUAGACAAUUUUUUUGUACCACGCACUACUCCUGGCGCACAACGCUCGCUUGAGAGCAUGUCUUGGAACAAGGAGGUCCAUGAUGCAGGAAGAAAAGCAAUUUGCAAGUUUUGGUACUUCUGCAACAUUCCAUUUAUUGCAGCUAGGUCUCCUUAUUGGCAAGGCAUGAUUGAUGCAGUAACCAUUUGUGGGGCGGGGUUUAAAGCCCCUAGUGAUACUGAGUUGAGUGGCCCUCUCUUGUUGGAAAUGGUGGAAGAUAUGAAAGUUGACCUAGAGGAGCACCGCCAAUCUUGGAGCCACAAGGGUUGCACCAUCAUGACAGAUGGUUGGACUGAUAGGAGGAUUAGAAUACUCCUAAAUUUUCUUGUUUCCAGCGGAGAUCCACCAUGUUUUUGAAGUCCAUCGAUGCUUCCUCACAUGUAAAAAAUGUGGCAUACUUAUGUGAGGCUAUUGAGGAAGUUAUACAUGAG